AUGGAACUGCUCUCCGCCGCCGCCGAAAUACUGCUGGAACUCCUCUCCGCCAUCCAUCCGCGCCGCCCCUCCUCUCCGCCGGCGCCGCCCCUCCUCCUCUCCGCUGGCGCCGCCUCCCCUUCGGCCUUCUCUCCGUUGGCGCCUCCCCUCAUCUCCGCCGGCGCCGCCUCGCCUCCUCUCCGUCGGCGCCGCUCCCGUCCUGUCCGCCAGCGCCGCCCCUCCUCUCCGCUGGCGCCGCCCCUCCUCUCCGCCGGCGCCGCCUCGCCUCCUCUCCGUCGGUGCCGCUCCCGUACUGUCCGCCAGCGCCGCCCCUCCUCUUCGCCGGCGCCGCCCCUCCUCUCCUGUCGCUGCUGGCCUGCCGCUGCUGGCCUGCCGCUGCUGCGUGCUUCGUCCAGCUCACGCGCGCGGGGUUCAUCCAGUACAACAGCCAGCGCUGCGUGCUUCGUCCAGCUCCGUGACUCCGUGCAACAGAGGACAGUAGGUAAGCCACGCCCCCCUCAUCCAGUGCUCAAAUUUUGUGAUUUGAGAAUGCUUAAUGCUGCAGUCAGCAAGUUUAAUAUCUUAAGUAAUGAGUUUAAUAUCUUAAGCAAUGAAAUGUUGUAA